AGCCGAGCCGUGCCGUGCCCAGAGCCGUUAUUCGUGCCCGGCAGCGGCCAUGGGGCUCCUGGCUGGGCUCCGUCCCAUCGCGGCCGCCGCGCUCCUCCUGGUGCUGCUGCGCUGUGGCUCCGCAGCUUCGCUGGCGCGGCGCGCCCUCCCGGCGGAGCGCAAUGACAGACCCAUCAUCGGGAUAUUGUCACAGGAAUGUCACUUUGAUGAGUACCAGAAAUUUGGAAGAUCUUAUAUUGCAGCUUCAUAUGUGAAGUUUGUGGAAUCUGCYGGUGCUCGAGCUGUGCCAAUAAGAUUAAAUCUUACAGAUGAAGAAUAUGAUAGAAUAUUCCACUCUAUUAAUGGGGUACUUUUUCCAGGAGGUGGUGUGGAUCUUCAGACUUCAGAGUAUUCGAGGGUUGCUAAGAUGUUUUACCACAAGGCCUUGGAGGCUAAUGAUAAAGGAGAUUAUUUCCCAAUAUGGGGAACAUGUCUUGGACACGAAGAGCUUACGUAUCUCACAAGUGGUGAAGUUUUACUUGUUAAUACCAAGACCAAUGGAUUUUCACUUCCUCUGAACUUUACCUCAGCUGCAAAAGACAGUAAAAUGUUCAGGAAUUUCCCUGAUGAUGUAUUACACGCACUUGCUACUGAGCCAUUGACAUCAAACUUUCAUGUAUGGAGCCUCUCCAUGCAGAAUUUCACAAAUAAUGAAAAACUUCGUCAUUUCUAUAAAGUUCUGACUACUAACACCAAUGAUGAAGUGGAGUUUAUUUCUACCAUGGAAGCAUACCAAUAUCCAAUUUAUGGCCUGCAAUGGCAUCCAGAGAAAAAUCCUUUUGAGUGGAAGGACUCUCCAGGCAUUCCACAUUCGCCAUCUGCUGUAAGAGCAGCAUACUAUAUGGCUGAAUUCUUCGUUAAUGAAGCCCGGAAGAGCCUGCACCAUUUCUCCAGUGAAGAUGAGGAAGCAAAAGAAUUGAUCUACAAUUAUAAUCCAGUUUAUACAGGAACAUUUUCUGCAUUUCAGCAAACCUAUUUUUUUGAUUGAGUGUCUUGUCAAAGGUGCAAAGUGUUGUUAUUUAUAAAUGAAAUUAUUUUCCAGCAUUGUGUAAUUAAGCUGAUACAAUGACAGAAAGGCAGAACAGUUUUCCUUUACAAUGAUUUAUUUUAUGUAUCUUCUGCACUAUUGAAACAUUUAUAUAUAAAUUUACGUUCAAUAACAUAAUAAUCAUCUUGGAUCACACUUUAAGGCAAGCUACAGAAAAAUGUAUUUUUCUUCCAGGAAGGAGGACUUGAUUAUGUUUAUAAACUUUGAAGUAAUCACCUUUGGUACAAGGAAAAGCUUUCAUAUAUUUUAAAAUAUGAGACCUACCUUUGUAAAAUGUURUGGACUAUGAUAGCACUAGACACUUAAAUACAUUGUAUAGUAAAAUCCUGUCCUUUUCAAAUGAUUUAGCAAAUGAGACUCUAGGGUUUGUCAUAAAUGUGUGUAUGCAACCAAGUUCUUGAUGGGACUCCUUUAUCAUUUCAAAAAUUGACCAAAAUAGUAAGGCAUCAUAGCAAAAAGACAUUUUUGCCUCAGAARCACAUUAUAUCCCAUUUUUUGAACUGUUUCUCUCAUACAUUUAGCAUUAUUUGGAGUCCUCAUACCUUGUGAGGCCUUCAUAAAUAUGAGGAUGAAGUGCGAAGUCAGCAUUGCAAAUAUCAGUUAAARUAAGUAAGUUUGGAGGGCAUAAUUCAAUGCUGAUUCCACUUCCUGUUCUUUUCAAAUCAGUUUUAUAUAUCCUCCAAGAAUUUGUCUGGGAGUAACUGUGUCAGCAGCCAGAUAUGAGAUGCAGACACUCAUUCCUUUGUA